AUGGCACCCAAGAAGGGACAAAAGGGCUCGAGCAAGCAGCCCAGCCGAGUUGCCUCGGGUGCCUCGACCCCGGCUCCCCGUGCUGAACCCGUAAAGGCGUACGUUCCCUGGGGACCCUCUGUAUCAACGCUGCAACUUGGACUGAUUCAUGUCCUUUCCUUCGCUCAGAGCACCAGCCGUGGUCGGUAUCAACUUUGGCCAAUCCUUCUCGUCGAUCGCCGUCAUCAACAAGGUCAGUUCGAGCGCUCAGCUCCGCAAGGCUUGCCGUUCGGAUUCUCAGAUGAUCCCCCGGCCGUCCUAGCAGCGUCGCGGAGCUGAUCUCGGUGCAUGGCCUCAAAUCUUAUAGGAAGCACUCGCGGACUGCAUCGCCAACGACGACGGUGAACGUCAAAUCGCCAGUGCGCUCUCCUUCAAUGAAACCGAAGAGGUCGGUACCGGCCAGCGUACUUGUCGGAUGCUCUUGCAGUCGACUCACAUCCUUGCCUCUUUGUGUGUCAACAGUACUCGGGUGUUCCCGCACGCAUCCAACUCGUCCGAAACGCACCCAACACCAUCCUUGGGUUCAGGAAUUUGCUCGGCAAGACGUCAGUUUCCUCUCGACGCUGGGCUUCCGAGUGCUUUCUCCAACACUGACCUUUCUCCCCCCCCCCCCCGACUCUACUCGGCACCCACAGCUACGACGAGGUCAAGGAUACAAAGCAACCUUACAACUCGGCCAAGAUCGUCGACUCGAACGGCCAACCAGCCUUCACCGUUUCCAUCAACGACACCCCGACCACUCUGACCGCGCACGAGUGCUGCGUCCGCUUCCUCAAGGUGCUGCUCUCGUACGCGAGCGACUUUUUGGGUCGCCCCGUCACCUCGGCCGUCGUGGCCGUUCCUACGGAUUUCACCCCGGCUCAAACCAAGGCGCUCGUCCAGGCCGCCGAGGAGGCCAAGAUCACCGUUGUGCAGACCCUCGACUCGGCCGCCGCCGCUCUUGUCGCCUACCAUGCCACCGAGCUGAAGGAAACCGACAAGCUCCCUCCCGUUGACCGCAACUCGGUCGUUCUCGAUGUCGGCGCGACCUCGACGACCGUCUCCGUCGUCGCCGUCCGACAAGGCCUCUUCGUCCCCUUGUCCUCGCACGCCGAGGCCAAGCUCGGCGGUGACCUGUUCGACGACAAGCUGAUCGAAUGGUUCUCCAAGGAGUUCACAAAGAAGACCAAGACCCCGAUCGAGGCAUCGAACCACCGCGCGCUGAUGAAGCUUCGUUUGGCCGUCGAGGUGACCAAGAAGUCCCUGUCCGCAUCCAACUCGGCCCCUUGCUCCGUCGAAUCCCUGGCCGAAGGCCUAGACUUCCACGGCUCGAUCAACCGCAUGCGCUUCGACCUCUUGUCCGCGUCCGUCUACUCGCGCGUCAACGACGCCGUCGCCAAAGCUUUGGAGUCGGCCAAUUUGAACGCGCUCGAAAUCGACGAGGUCAUCCUCGUCGGUGGCUCGACGCGCCUCCCGUCCCUUUCGGACAAGCUGUACAACCUCUUCACGCAGGAGACGCUCCUCAUCUCGUCGCAAUUGGACCCCGACGAAGUUGUCGCCAAGGGAGCGGCAUUGCAAGGCCAGGCUUUGCUCGACUCCACAGUCGCACAAGCCCUCACCCGAGCGUUGAACGAAUCGACCAUCGUCGAGCCAACGCUCUUGACAAAACCCAUCGGACUCGUCGUCGAUGACGCGUUCCACGUCUUGGUCAAGGCCAAGACGCCGCUACCUUUGAGGCGUACUUUCGAAUUACCCGUUGCCAAGUCAACGUCGAGCGUCUUGGUUUCGCUUUGGGAAGGAGAGCAAAAGGUCGUCACCGUCGCGCCUACACCCAAACCCGCUAAGAAGGCUUCGGGAGGCGGAUGGUUUGGCUCCAAGAAGGCCGCUGAUGAGGAUGAGGACGAGGAUGACGAUGACGAGGAUGAGGAUAAGAGCGAAUUGGUCGCUGAGAAGACUUCGGCUUUGGCCGACGUCACCGUGGAUACCGAGAGUGGGAAGAAGGUCAAGGUUGUCGUUGAGGUCUUCGUCGGCGGUAAGGGCAAGCUCACCAUUCAAGGAAAGGGGGACAAGGUCGUCAAGGACUUUUAG